GAAGAGUACAACAAAUCAGUGCAUUUCUCCUCUGUUCUGCUAAGUGAGGCAGAUCUCUGAUUAAGUUACUGCAUGACAAUCAAAACAAAGCCAGCGAAGGAAAGAACAACUGUGACCUCUUGCAUGGACAUUUGCUUGCGAUGCCUGGUUUAGGAACAAAGAAGAAAGACCAUGUGUCCAAACCGGACAGACCCAUCGGGGACCUGCCCCAGCUGAGCAACGAGCUGCAGCUUAGCAUCAUGAACAGGGUUAAAAAUGGAGAGAUAUCCAUCGACGAUGCUCUGGACCAGGCAAGGAAGGAAAGCGAGCAGCUUCUCCAUGAACAGCCUGAGAAAAAUACAACAGAGCAAUACAACUUCAGUGUUCAUAAGCACGGCCGCUACAGGUGGCAGAAGCGGGUUCUGCAGAUCGAUUUUAAGACCAAGAUGUUGUGCAGCAUAGAGAAAGGCAUCGUCAACCGCCAGCUGCCCUUCUCCAUUGUGAAGAGUUGUGAUGAUGGAGUUGGCUCUAGGUUCUCCAUUUCUUUUAAAGGACACCACGACUAUGAAUUGGAAGCUACAUCACUGGAAGACAAACAUAAGAUGAUGCAGCUUGUGAAUCAGAUUAUUCAUGGGAACAUAUACAGCGGUUCUGAAGGUGAGAAUUCAGAAUCGCAACAGGAGUCCCAAGCAUCGCAGAGCCUUAAAGAAGGUGCACUGUUACUGCACAGAGGAGGACUGGCGUCGUUCAAAUGGGUGAAAUACAAAGCUCAGCUCCACCCAGGGGAGAUAACGCUGGUCCCAUUCAAGCAUCGCAGCAACAUGGACGGUGACGUGACAUCCUCGGUUCCUCUUUCCACUGUAAUUCAUUUAUCAGACGGUGACACCAGUGUACAGAAACCGUAUGGUUUCGACACCUUUGUUCUGAUCACACACAGAAAUGAGUACCAGUUUAAAGUCCCCGCACCAGAGGAAGCGGCCUCUCCUGGCGCUGUGCAGAAGGAACGCGAUGCCUGGGUCAAAGCCAUCGGCAAACUGUGUUCACACUGGAAGAGGCUGUCCAGGUCUGAAUACAUGUUUGCAGAAUCCAAGACCUUGCAAGAAAUCAGCAUACCGGAAGACGCGGACGACAGCGACGCAGAUCUUGAGCCAGGUGGUGGAUUUGCUGCUGGGAACGAUGCUCCAGCUGACAAUAAAAGUGCAGAUCCCACAUCCAGAGGCGUGGACAGCCCAUUGGGAGGCGAGGCAGGUCAGAGUUCUCCUCCAGUGGAUGCUGAUACAAAGCCUGUCCCCAAACCUCGCAUCAGCAAGGCUGCCGGUCAAAUUACCGCUGGAUCAGAUCCUUCCAGUUCCAUCCUGUCUCCAACCUCUCCCUUUGCUUCUGUCCCAAAAUUCCCCUUCUCCCCUCCACCCUCGCCCCACGCCGGCGUAACGUCCUUUUCCUCAGGCCCGGAGUCUCAAAAACCGCUCUCCCCAUUAGUGAAAGAGCCUCCACCCCCGCCCAUCCCGGCUCCACCACCUCUGCCUGUCAAAAUAACGAGCACGUUGAAGAAAAAACGAACAAAGGCGUUCCACUGGGACCUCAUUGGCUCUGAGAAGAUUGCAAAAACAUUUUGGGUCCAGGAAAAGAGCAGAGGGCCUGAAAUCGACACAUCGCGGUUAUGGCAUCAGUUCGCUGUCAAAGACCUGGGAACGUUUGCCACAACGGACUCGAGUGGCUCCCAGCACAUAAUGCUCAACCAGAAGAUUGCACACAACUUCAACAUUUUCCUCAAAAGUUUUCCUGUGCGACCGGGGGAGCUGAAGGACAAACUGUUUAUUAUUAAUGAGGAAGAUGGAGGCCUGUCUGAUGAGCACAUCACCUCUCUACGAAGGUAUGUUCCCACUGUGGAUGACGUGGAAAUGUACAAAUCUCACAAGGGACCAGUUUCAGAGCUGCAUAUUGUGGACCAGUACAUGAUGGAGAUGUGCAACAUCCCCUACCUGAGCGCGCAACUCGACCUGCUUUUGACUCUGAGAGAGCUCCCGACCAGCAUGAACGACCUGCAACCUCUGAUUAACCAGAAGAUCAGAAUGUGCCAGCAGCUCUACGGCUGCAGGUCAUUUGUUUCCGUGCUGGAGUACCUCCUCGCUAUAGGCAAUUACCUGAAUGAGAACGCCGGAAAGGAAAAGGCCAAGGGAUUCCGCCUCUCGUCCUUAACCAAACUUUCCCAGCUGCGCGGGAGGGACAAGAAUUUCACCUUGCUCCAUGCCCUUCUGGAGCAGAUCAUGUUGCAGGAACCGGGCUUGGCCACUUUUACCCAAGACUUGGCAGAAUUUGAAACUGUCCCUGGAGCUUCCAUCAAAGGCUUGACCGCAGAAGUGGAUGUACUGAAGAACGAAGUGCAGAAAGUCAUUCAGUACAGAAAAUCCGUUAAGAAGAGAAACAUCGGAGCUCAUCAACCAAACUUCUCUAAAGAUCUUAAGAUGGUAAUUGAGAAGUACAACGUGCAGCUCCAGUCGCUGACGAAGACUUGCGACGAGAUGAAGAAACUCUACUCUGUCAUACUGGUUAAAUUUGGAGAACCACCGGAUCAGGACUCCCAGGAGCUGUUCGGGAUGAUCUGUCAGUUCCUCCAUGACUUUAGGAGGGUGUAUGCUGAAACUGUUUGAGUUGAAGCUGUGAGAGCCGAAACGACCAAGGUAGAAGCUUUAUUGGGCCUAUUUAACUGAAGCACUGAUCCCAUUGUAUUGUACAUGAUGUAUGAUUUAUGUCAAAACAGUUUUUUUUAUACAAUUUUAACCAAUUUGAGUUGUUAAUUUUGUAACCCAUUACACAUCUGAAACCCCAUUUUAUGUUCUGCUACAGAGUAUGGUGGUCAUAUGUAAAUGUACUAUCGUUUACAGAAGUUGCAAUAUUAAAAGGAUGCAAAGUGAGAAACAGAGAAAAUUAUUAAAUAUUCUAAUAUAUGCCUUUUUCUGCAGCAUUUGAAAUCAUUCAAUCAGAGUACAGUGUUUUUUGUUACAGAUGUUUUUUAAAAGAGAUCCUUAAGUUCCCGUUGUGACAUUUAUUUUUUAUCCUGUGAGCACAAGAUUAAAAAAUUGUCAAAAGAUGAAAAUUCAAGGUACCAUGAUGAUAACAAAAAUAGAGAACCUUCAUUCAAGCCUCUAGUCAGUAUGUGAAUCAGUUAUCAGGGCACUUUGACAUCGUUUGUGCGGGGAUUACUGUCAGAAUAAGACCGUGCGAGCGCUUUCGACAGCAUGUAGAGUUUUCUUGGCCCUUCUGAAGAUUUUGUAGUUGGUCAAAUGUAAGCCUGGGAAAACAUUCAGGGGAAAGAAAGUCCAGCAAGAAGCAUAUUCCCUGAAGGUUUAUUGUGGGGUAAUUUAAAAACUGUCAUUCUUAUUUAACAUGUGAUUGUAUAAUGGAUAACAACAUGCCUGUUAACACAAAUAAAAUAAUUCAAAAAGAAAA